AUCUGGUUUUGGUCACGUGAAACGAUUACGAAGAUGGUGGAAGUUUCUUUCUUGAAGUGAAGCCGCAAAAGAACCCAAACAGACAGGGAUAUUGGGGAAAGUUGCCUGUAACGUCUCGUCUUGAACUUCUUCUGCCCUUGGAUUCGGGUAAGCGAAACGACCGAGGUGGAAAGUCCUCAACCACAAUAUUUUGCGAACUCACACUUCCACUGGGCUAGCCAGCCAUGACACGAGCUAGCUAGCUUGUUUUUUUUAGCCAGUCGUGCGAUUGUGUGGUAACGAUCAGUUGCCAGAUGACAUUUAACACGUAAACAACAACCCCGUUUUAAAAAUAUUGAAAUCAAACUCUGCAUCCCGGAGUAGAAUGCAGUAUAUGUAGCAAACAUUUAGUUAGCUAUCAGAUUGUGGAGUUUCAAGGUUGUCAUUUCACUAAUUUUGAGACCGAGCUAGCCACUCAGCUAGCUAAGCUAACGUUAGCCUCCUUCCUUGUCAAACAGGUCGUCACUAAGCCUUUUUGUCAAUGUCAUGCGCGUUGACGAUAACAUGAAAUCCUAAUGAUGGCAAACAAAUUGCAGCUAUUAUUAGCUGUGUUUAUGCUGUCCAGCCCUAAUAUUGUUAUUGAGUAAAUGCAGUUGGGGAUCUCUUGCUGUCAUCCGGUCACAUUUGUAUCCAUAACGGCAUACUCUGUCAUUUCACCAGCCUGGCCCAGCCACUUUGUUUUGUGAGCUGAGGGGUGGGGCAUUGUGGGUUAUGAUGGGUAAGACGGUAGUACUAAGUUCAUAGAGCAUUUAUAUUCUUCAAGAAUCAAAGCUCUUCCUUUUUGAAUGUGACACUGUAACAAUUCCAUGUUUUUAAAAGUGAAACAUGCCUGUGUGUAUAUCAGUUGAUUUUGUCAGUUACAUUUACAUUUUCUUCUGGGGUGUAAGCAUAAUAGCAUAUGUUAUUCACUUUUGAAUAGUUUAUGGAAUAUCUGACACUUUAACAGAAACAUAAUAAUUGGCUGAUGGUGAGUCAUCCUUCCUGGUCUCAGCUGAUGAGCUCCUGACUUGUUGUGAGUCAUUUAGCUGGCUUGCAAAGCAGUCCAUCACUGUGAGUAACACACAUCCUUUGUCUGUAGGCCGCAGAAUCAGUACUGAUCAAUUAUUAACUCUGGGUAUAGCCAAAGUGAAAGUUUAUCCAGAGCUCUUUCUCUCAUUUGCACAGGGGAGAUAGGCGAGGAACAUACAUUAUGCAGAAGGACAGUGAAGUAACCACAAACCAGGAAAGAAGACUAGGCUAUGCUUCCUGAUGCUACUUUCACAAGUGUAACAUUCUCUCAUGGCAUUUUCCAGAGAGCAAGCAUUUCUAAAUGACUCAUAUUGUGAGCUCUUGAGAUGUGGUUUCGGAAUAUAUUUAGACCCCUAGACUUUUUCCACAUUUGGUUACGUUUCAGCCUUUUUCUAAAAUUCAUUAAAUUGUUUUUUUCCCCUCAUCAAUCUACACACAAUAUCCCAUAAUGACGCAGCAAAAAAAGGUUUUUGUAAAUUUUUCGCGAAUUUAGUAAAAAACAUAAAAACUGAAAUCACAUUUACAUACACUACCAGUCAAAGGUUUGGACACACCUACUCAUUCAAGGGAUUUUCUUUAUUUUUACUAUUUUUUACAUUGUAGAAUAAUAGUGAAGACAUCGGAAAUAUGAAAUAACACACAUGGAAUCAUGUAGUAACCAAAAACGUGUUAAACAGAUCAAAAUAUAUUUUAUAUUUCAGAUUCAUCAAAUAGCCACCCUUUGCCUUGAUGACAGCUUUGCACACUCUUGGCAUUCUCUCAACCAGCUUCAUGAGGUAGUCACCUGGAAUGCAUUUCAAUUAACAGGUGUGCCUUCUUAAAAGUUAAUUUGUGGAAUUUCUUUCCUUCUUAAUGUGUUUCAACCAAUCAGUUGUGUUGUGACAAGGUAGGGGGGUAUACAGAAGAUAGCCCUAUUUGGUAAAAGACCAAGUCCAUAUUAUGGCAAGAACAGCUCAAAUAAAUAAAGAGAAACGACAGUCCAUCAUUACUUUAAGACAUGAAGGUCAGUCAAUAUGGAACAUUUCAAGAACUUUGAAAGUUUCUUCAAGUGCAGUCGCAAAAACCAUCAAGCUCUAUAAUGAAACUGGCUCUCAUGAGGACCGCCACAGGAAUGGAAGACCCAGAGUUACCUCUGCUGCAGAGGAUAAGUUCAUUAGAGUUACCCGCCUCAGAAAUUGCAGCCCAAAUAAAUGCUUCACAGAGUUCAAGUAACAGACACAUCUCAACAUCAACUGUUCAGAGUGGACUGUGUGAAUCAGGCCUUCAUAGUCGAAUUUCUGCAAAGAAACCACUACUAAAGGACACCAAUAAUAAGAAGAGACCUGCUUGGGCCAAGAAACACGAGAAAUGGACAUUAGACAGGUGGAAAUUUGUCCUUUGGUCUGGAGUCCAAAUGUGAGAUUUUUGGUUCCAACCGCUGUGUCUUUGUGAGACGCGUGUGGGUGAAUGGAUGAUGUCCACAUGUGUAGUUCCCACCGUAAAGCAUGGAGGUGUUAUGGUGUGGGGGUGCUUUGCUGGUGACACUGUCUGUAAUUUAUUUAGAAUUCAAGGCACACUUAACCAGCAUGGCUACCACAUCAUUCUGCAGCGAUACGCCAUCCCAUCUGGUUUGGGCUUAGUGGGACUAUCAUUUGUUUUUCAACAAGACAAUGACCCAACACACCUCCAGGCUAUGUAAGGGCUAUUUUACCAAGAAGGAGAGUGAUGGAGUGCUGCAUCAGAUGACCUGGCCUCCACAAUCCCCUGACCUCAACCCAAUUGAGAUGGUUUGGGAUGAGUCGGAAGGCAGAGUGAAGGAAAAGCAGUCAACAAGCGCUCAGCAUAUGUGGGAACUCCUUCAAGACUGUUGGAAAAGCAUUCCAGGUGAAGCUGGUUGAGAGAAUGCCAAGAGUGUGCAAAGCUGUCAUCAAGGCAAAGGGUGGCUAUUUGAAGAAUCUCAAAUAUAAAAUAUAUUUUGAUUUGUUUAACACUUUUUUGGUUACUACAUGAUUCCAUAUGUGUUAUUUCAUAGUUUUGAUGUCCUCACUAUUAUUCUACAAUGUAGAAAAUAGUAAAAAUAAAGAAAAACCCUUGAAUGAGUAGGUGUGUCCAAACUUUUGACUGGUACUGUAAGUAUUCAGACACUUUACUCAGUACUUUGUUGAAGCACCUUUGGCAGCAAUUACAGCCUCAACUCUUAUUGGGUAUGAUUCUACAAGCUUGGCACACCUGUAUUUGGGGAGUUUUUCCCAUUCUCUGCAGAUCCUCUCAAGCUCUGUCAGGUUGAAUGGGGGCGUUGCUGCACAGCUAUUUUCAGGGAUGUUAGAUCAGGUUCAAGUCCGGGCUCUGGCUGGGCCACUCAAGGACAUUUAGAGACUCGUCCCGAAGCCACUCCUGCGUUGUCUUGGAUGUGUUUUUAGAGUCGUUGUCCUGUUGGAAGGUGAACCUUCGGCCCAGUCUGAGGUCCUGAGCGCUCUGGAGCAGGUUUUCAUCAAGGAUCUCUCUGUACUUUGCUCCAUUAAUCUUUCCUUCGAUCCUGACUAGUCUCCCAGUCACUGCCGCUGAAAAACAUCCCCACAGCAUGAUGCUGCUACCAUCAUGCUUCACCGUAGGGAUGGUGCCCGGUAUUCUCCAGACGUGACGCUUGGCAUUCAGGCCAAAGAGUUCAAUCUUGGUUUCAUCAGACCAGAGAAUCUUGUUUCUCAUGGUCUGAGAGUCCUUUAGGUGCCUUUUGGCAAACUCCAAGCGGGCUGUCAUGUGCCUUUUACUGAGGAGUGGCUUCCGUCUGGCCACUCUACCAUAAAGGCCUGAUUGUUACAGAGAUGGUUGUCCCUCUGGAAGGUUCUCCCAUCUCCACAGAGGAACUCUGGGGCUCUGUCAGUGACCAUCGGGUUCUUUGUCACCUCCCUGACCAAGGCCCUUCUCCCCCAAUUGCUCAGUUUGGCCGGGCGGCCAGCUCUAGGAAGAGUCUUGGUGGUCCCAAACUUCUUCCAUUUAAGAAUGAUGGAGGCCACUGUUUUCUUGGUGUCCUUCAAUGCUGCAAACAUUUUUUGGUACCCUUGGCCAGAUCUGUUCCUCGAGACAAUCCUCUCUCGGAGCUCUACGGACAAUUCCUUCGACCUCAUGGCUUGGUUUUUGCUCUGACAUGCACUGUCAAUUGUGGGGCCUUAUAUAGACAGGUGUGUGCCUUUCCAAAUCAUGUCCAAUCAAUUGAAUUUACCACAGGUGGACUCCAAUCAAGUUGUAGAAACAUCUCAAGGAUUAUCAAUGGAUGCAGGAUGCACCUGCGCUCAAUUUCGAGUCUCAUAGCAAAGGGUCUGAAUACUUAUAUAAAUAAAGUAUUUCUGUUUUUUAUUUUUAAUAAAUGUGCAAACAUUUCUAAAAACCUCUUCACUUCAUUAUUAUGGGGUAUUGUGUGUAGAUUGAUGAGGGGAAUAAAUAAUGUAAUCAAUUUUAGAAUAAGGCUGCAACGUAACAAUGUGGAAAAGGGGUUGGGGUCUGAAUACUUUCCGACUGCACUGUAGAUGUCAAUAGGUCUAAGUAAACCCAGACCGCAGAGCUUUUGUUUUUAGGAAUCAUAGUAUCAAUCACACAUCUAUUUAUGAUUUUGUAUAUUUAUUUAAAUAAAUAAAAAUUACGUCUCAGCUGAGUAAAUUGGACUCCCAGACUCUGAUCUACUUGUAGUGAGGACUAGUAAGAUAAUGCCUGGUACCAGCAUAAUCUUUUAUGUUUAAUAGCAAUAUAAUUUUAUUACCAUUCAAAAGAGGUCAAUGUGUUUUUAUUCGCUGGGUGGUUAACUAAUAUAAUGCUGACCAUGAUAUUUUAUACUCUUGUUACAUUACACCUAUAAAGAUUAGAUAACCCUCUGUAUGUAACAGUGUAAAGCAUUUGUCAUAAUGCAUUGAACAAAAAUAGAAUUCCUAGACUGUGGAUGGAAAGGCUAUGACUUGCAUUGUAUGGAAUGUGCUUUGGGCCAUUGAAUUAAUGGUUGACUGAAUGUGUGUUUGUUUGUUGCAGGUAGCCAGCCCUAUGUCAUGGCCUCCAGCAUUGCUAAACCAGGCCCUGGGAAUGGCUACCCCAUGAAGGCACAACUGCAAAUCAUGGGUUGGUUCAUGAUCCUUGUAAUUUUCAUAAUACGUAGUCUAUUCAUGUCAUAUUUUAGAAUUCUUCAGAAUGGAAAUUAAAAGGUUAAAUUUUGAGAAUUAGUAUACGUGCUGUAGUGUCUAUGAUUUAUAGUUCCCUUAUUUUUUAUUUUGGUAUUGAAGUCAGUUGCAUAGCCAUGUUUUGUAUUGUAGUGUAAGGGUAUAGUCCAUAGCAAACAUAGGAAAUUCUGUUUCUCAGGGUGUGGACUGUUUAUUUACAGAAUUGACCUGAAGUGCUAUCAAACUAACUUCUACCAGACAGUCUAACUUCUAGCUCUGCCCUAAUUGACAACACUUGUUUACAUCCCCUCAGUGCUAUCAGCAAAACUGAAAGAAAACAGGAAGAACUGGUUUGGUCCCAGUCCAUAUGUUGAAGUGGCAGUUGAUGGCCAGUCCAAAAAGACAGAGAAAUGCAACAACACCCACAGUCCCAAAUGGAAGCAGCCGCUAACAGUGUAAGUUGUCGUUGUGUUAUUGAUGACAGUCAGUGUUGAGAACAAGGAACGUCCUCUUAAUUGAACAACUACAAAUUCUUUACACAAGUGGCAGGUGUAACUGCCAGAAUAAAGGGAACACCAACAUAAACAGUCUUAAUAGGGCGUUGGGCACCACGAGCCAGAACAGCUUCAAUGCACCUUGGCAUAGAUUCUUUAAGUGUCUGGAACUCUAUUGGAGGGAUGCCACACCAUUCUUCCACGAGAACUUCCAUUAUUUGGUGUUUUGUUCAUGGUAGUGGAAAACGCUGUCUCAGGCACCACUCCAGAAUCUCCCAUAUGUGUUCUAUUGGGUUGAGAUCUAGUGACUGAGAUGGCCAUGGCAUAUGGUUUACAUCAUUUUCAUGCUCAUCAAACCAUUCAGUGACCCCUCGUGCCCUGUGGAUGUCAUCCCCUGGGGACAUAGCCACAGUGGCCAAAAUAAUGGCCUGCCCAGCAUUUUUAUACGUGACCCUAAGAAUGAUGGGACGUUCAUUGCUUAAUUAACUCAGGAACCACGCAUGUGUGGAAGCACCUGCUUUCAAUAGGGCCCCGUGUAGCUCAGUUGGUAGAGCAUGGCGCUUGCAACGCCAGGGUUGUGGGUUCGAUUCCCACGGGGGGCCAGUAUGGAGAAGAAGAAAAAUGUAUGCACUCACUAACUGUAAGUCGCUCUGGAUAAGAGCGUCUGCUAAAUGACUCAAAUGUAAAAUAUACUUUGUAUCCCUCAUUUACUCAAUUGUUUCCAUUAUUUUGGCAGUUACCUGUAGUAGUGCCAAGUGCCAACACAUCCACACAAUCAAUCCCUUCAUUGUAUAGCUCUGGACUCUUACUCUACUGGCCCUUCUUAUAUUAGAGUGGGCCCCCCUCCUAUUUCAGUGUGUCAUACUAUGGUGUAGUAAGCUGAUGGGCCUUGUAACUCUAUUUUCCUGCAAGCAUUCAAGUUUUAACUAGGCAGCUGUUAUAGUAGGCAUGGACACUUGCGUCUAGUCUCCACGCUAACACUGUUGAAACAUUUCUUCAAAUGAUAUAAUAAUAAUAAUAGUAAUAAUGUAUUCAACAUUUAUAGCGCUAUUCAUUACAUAAAUAAUCUCAAAGUGCUUUAAGGCAACAAAAAAGACAAGCAAUUUAGAAAAAUAACAGAAUUAGAUGUUCACCAUAGACGAUCAUCUAGACGCUUUCAUAUAUUACUGCUAUAUUUACAGUGAAUUAACUGUCAUCUUCAUUGUCUGUCUUUCAUCUCGUCAAUAGAAUUGUCACUCCUUUUAGCAAGCUAAUCUUCCGAGUAUGGAGUCACCAGACCUUGAAGUCGGACAUAAUGUUAGGCAUGGCAACUCUGGAGGUCAGCGAAACACUCAAAGCCAACGACAUGAAAAGUGAGUGCCUUCCUUGUAUCAUGUUAUGCAUACCUUGCUUGGCUAUGUGAUGAAGGCCUGUACUGUGUCUGUGUGCUAGUUCUCACACACAACACGGCACAGGCACCACUCUCUGCAUUGAGGCAGAUGAGAUUACUUUCCUCUCAUAAAGAGUAAAUUCAGUCCACUGCCAAUUUUCUAAACACAUGUAAGCCAAACCAGAUGGAAAAUAUCACAUCACUCUCCUAUUUUGAUGAUCGGUAAACAAUGAUAACUUUGGUUUGAAGUAGGAUAAUUACUUUGUUCCUAAUGGCUGUAUAUUUGCUAACAGAACUCCUCUGUUUUGAUUGGUUGGUUUCCUUGCCUCUUAUGGGGAUUCUCUCUCCAUUACUUUUUCCAUCCACUAGUUUGUUGAAUGUAUAUUUGAUAAGGUGAUAACAAGAGAGAAACAUUGGUCAUAGUCUAUGUGGUGUACUAUCCAUGCAGUACUGUCCCUCCUGUAGCUUAGUUGGUAGAGCAUGGCGCUAGAAACGCCAGGGUUGUGGGUUCAAUUCCCACAGGGGGCCAGUAUGAAAAAUGUAUGCACUCACUAACUGUAAGUCGCUCUGGAUAAGAGCGUCUGCUAAAUGACUAAAAUGUAAAUGUAAUGUCCCAAACUCAUUAAGAGUCCUGGUGGAAAGUGGCAGACAAAAAUGAUUCAAAGUGUUGAUAAAGACUUUUGACAGGCGAGGAGCUGAGAGGAAGGAGGGUUUUUAUUACAUAACCAAUACUUUUGUUCCAUGUUUUUUUCCCCAGUCUCUGAGGUGGUGCAGACGCUGCAGCUGAGUGCAGACAGAGACCAGACAGAUGUUGUGGGGGACCUGUCUGUCUGUCUGGAUGGCAUGCAAGUGGACCCAGAGAUGUUUGCCUCUGCUGCCGAGGCUAACACCCAAAGUGAGUCUGUGAAAUGUUAUCCACAGUGUUGUCUGUAAUGAUUUGUAGGGCGCGUUAUGGUUUUCCCAACUUGCCCAGAAAAUAAGCUCCAGCUUCCCCUCAGUACGUUCAGUUCCCAACUCUGUGUUUCUGGAUCUCAGGUACAUCGAAUGGGGAAUCGCAACAGAAUGGGGAUGAUGUGAGGUAAGCAUAUUAUUCAUGGUUACUGUGGUAAUGAUGCUCUUGCUUAUAUUUGUAUAUGGGCACUGUCUUGUCAGUGCUCCAAAGUUAAUAGUUGAUCUUGUGGCAGGCGGAGUAGAGACGGCUCUCCUUCUGUGGAUGGUUUGGAGCACAGAGCUUCCCCAAAUGGUCGUGUGGUCACAGUGAAUGGCACAGGGUCUUGCAAAGGGUCUCCCUCUCUGUCAGCAGGGGGCUCCAGGGGUAAUCCUCUACGGCCCCCCAGGCCCUCUCGACCCCCUCCACCCACCCCGCGCAGACCAACCUCCUCUCCAGGUGAGGCGGUCAACAUCAUAACCCAUCUUAAAACCAACAGCAAUGCUCCUGGGGAUUUAUUGGCAUAAUAUUUUGCUUUAUUUGUCCACAAUUGAAGCAUUUGUCAGAUAAUGGCAGAAAAGGACACUACAUUACAUUUACAAUACACUAGAUGGUUUUGUUUUCUCAAACUCACUCAAUCUUCUUUUCUCAUUCACUGGUUCACAGCAGCAUCCUCUAAUGGAUCCAUUCCAACUGAAGAAAGUGAUGGCCCCAGCAUAGAGACCCCAGUCUGUACACCUGCAGUACCAGACCCUAACGCCCCACCCCCUACACACGACCAGAGCCAAGCAAUAGCAGCCAGCCAAGCAGACAGUGUAACCCCAGGACCCCCCAGAGCCCCCGCUGUCGCCGCAGGCCCAUUGCCUCCUGGGUAAGGGUCAAACCAUCCAUGGUGAUCUGGCUGGCAGAAACACACUGUUAGUCAGUUUGUGUUGUCAAUACAACUCCACCCUCAGGAUCAUCUUAUUGUUAUGCGCUGUUAAAAAAACUCAAGCGAGAUUGGAAUGCGGCUGUUGUCGUGACUGCUUUCAAACUGCAAUGACCUGUUAUUAUUGCUCCAGGAUUACAUAGUCUCAUCACUUUAAUACUUUAACUCUACCCUACCUGCCGUGACUUGAAUUUCUGCUUUUGAAGCUGGCUGACUGAUGUUGUAAAUGUUUUAAUUUUCUUUGAAUCACAUGUUCCUGUGAAGAUGGGAGCAGAGGGUGGAUCAGAAUGGAAGGCUGUAUUUCGUAGAUCAUGUGGAAAAGAGGACAGCGUGGGAGCGGCCUGAGCCUCUACCUUCUGGGUAACUCCUCUUACAUAUCCUGUGUCUUUUUCCUAUCCACGUAUUUACACCAGUUCACAAGACAAGCAGAGAAUAGUGUGUUUGUUACUAGAGGAUACUAAAUGCCAAAGCUCUUUAUAUAGCCUCCCCUGUUCCUCUUUGCCCUGUAUGUAGGUGGGAGCGGCGAGUGGACCCCAUGGGCAGGGUCUACUUUGUAGACCACAUCACGAGAACUACCACAUGGCAACGGCCCACCAUGGAGACGGUACGGAACUAUGAACAGUGGCAGCACCAACGCAACCAGCUACAGGGUGCCAUGCAGCAGUUCAACCAGCGCUUCAUAUUUGGAGUGAAUGGGGUAAGUGGGAACUCUGACUGGUCAAACCAAGUGCUCCGCUCCUACAAUAACAGUACUGAAUAGGUGUGAAACACUCAACAGAUGAAGAGUUUAAUGGGAUACUUUGGGAUUUUGGCAAUGAGGCCCUGUAUCUACUUCCCCAGAGUCAGAUGAACUCGUGGAUACCAUUUUUAUGUCUCUGUGUCCAGUAUGAAGGAAGUAAGAGGUAGUUUCACGAGCCAAUGCUAACUAGCGUUAGCGCAAUGACUGGAAGUAUUGACUUCCAGUUAGCCUAGCGGUUAGAGCAUUUGGCCAGUAACCGAAAGGUUGCUUGUUCGAAAACCUGAGCCGACAACAUGAAAAAUCUGUCUGUGCUCUUGAGCAAGGCACUUAACCCUAAUUUGCUCCAGGGGUGCUGUUUUACUAUGGCUGGACUGUAAAACAACACAUUUCACUGCACCUAUCUGGUGUAUGUGACAAUAUAAAGAUCUUUAUUUUAUUUUUUUUGCUUCUCUUAACUCUUUUAUACAUAUUGGGCUGUAAACAGUUUGUCCUUUUUCAGUUGGGGAUAUUUAACCAAUCUUUAUCAGUUGAUAUUUAACUUAACUGUUUUUAUAUUGUUUUUAUAUUAUUAUCUUUAUCUUGUCUUGUGCACUGAAGCUCCAGGACCAGGUUCCAGCCACUGAGAACAAGCAGUUUGAUCCCCUGGGCCCACUGCCACAUGGAUGGGGUAAGAUCUCACUCACUACCUCACAUGAAAAGGUCACAGAUGAAUCUGUUUUCUAGACUUUUGAAUGAAUUGAUCAUUUUACCUAAACUAUUCUGUUUCAUCCCAUUUACGUUCUCAGAGAAAAGAACUGACAGCAACGGGAGAGUGUACUUUGUCCAACACACCACACGGACUACACAGUGGGAGGACCCUCGCACUCAGGGGUGAGAAGUUAAUCUGUACUACUCUUAGUACAGAUAUGUAUCCUAACAGCUACUUUUAACCUCAGUGGGGCUAGCCUGGCACACCUAGAACAGGGUAAGAUUAGCUCGGUCCCUGGGUCUAGUACUCUCCACAUGCCCAUACACUGGAAUUGAAGUGUAAAUUCAGACAUUGUGCAGAUCUGUAUCCUACUGUAUGUCCCUGUAUUAUGUUGACACUCUGUCUCUCCCUUAGGCUGCUGAAUGAGAAGCCUCUUCCAGAGGGCUGGGAGAUGAGGUUCACGGUCGACGGCAUCCCAUACUUUGUGGACCACAACAGGAGAGCCACUACGUACAUCGACCCUCGCACUGGAAAAUCCUCACUGUACGUCCCAACUUUACAGUCACUUAUCAAAGCAUUGGACUACCUCUCUGACUAAACAAUUUUUCUUUGAGGCCAUAGUUUAGACUAAAACUAGGCUCUUUGUAGCAAACACGGGUCUGUUUCAUAGGCACUAGUUUUGACUCCAGUGAUGGAACUGUUGCUAAUAAUAAUAAUAACGCUUUCUUUCUGUACCCAAAAUGUCAAAUUAGGAUGACUAAUAUGGGCUGAACAGAUAAUGUACUGUCUGUCUGUGUAUCUUUUCAGUAUUCUAAUGAGCCACACCUGAGGGAUGAUAUUGGUGUACUGUCAACAUGACUGCUCUCUGUUUAACAGUGACUAUGCUGUGCUCUAUUCCCCAACUAACAGGAAUAACAUGUUUGGUGCCUUUCACAGGAAUGCUGUUUCAGUCUGCACACCUGUAGCCUGCUUUGGCUUAAACAUUUAUCAUUAUCUGUUUAGUCUGCGCAGUGUAGUGAAAACACAACAUUUUCUGACUGUCUGGGGUCUAUGGUUUGACGUUCUUCUAUAGUUCUACUACACUAUAGUAAAAGCCAGGUAAUCUGACAGAAAGCUGAUUCAGUAUUUGGUCCAUGAUGCGUGACUGAAUGUAUGCCUUUUCCUUCCCUCACUCUCUCCAACAGUGAAAAUGGGCCCCAGAUUACUUACGUUCGAGACUUUAAAGCCAAAGUCCAGUACUUCAGAUUCUGGUGCCAGGUAGGUGUCAUGCCUUCUGAGUUUGAGUGGUUAAACAGUGACAUUGUUUUUAUGGUCAACAGAACAGCAUGAAUUCUAAUGCACAGUGACCCAAUGAAAUGAAAACAACGACCCGCUAUUUCUGUUGGCACGUUUGGAAAAAAAUAAUAUGCUUCAAAAUCACUUAUGAUUUCCUCUUCUUGUCCAGCAAUUGUCAAUGCCUCAGCACAUAAAGAUCACUGUCACCCGCAAAACCUUGUUUGAGGACUCGUUCCAGCAAGUGAGUAAACAUCCUCCCAAAUGAGCAUGUUGACAUUGACAUAUGUUGUCCAUAUUAAUUUGACUCUCUCCAUUGUAGAUAAUGAGCUUCAAUGCACAGGACCUCCGCAGGAGACUAUGGAUCAUAUUCCCUGGGGAAGAAGGCCUUGAUUAUGGAGGGGUGGCAAGGUAAAGUUAUAAUGUACUCUUUUCAAUUACUCCCAUGCAGUUAUUGCACCCAAUAAAUAAUAAGUAAUUCAGUGGCGGUCCGUGCCGUUUAAGAUUAGGGAGGACGAUUCCUUUCUUUUUUUAUGAGCAUGGCCUUAUUUCUAUUACAGCAUAUUGGAUGACUGUCAUUCAUAUUCCAUUCACCCAGUUCAAUGUAACAUAGAUAGGUUUAGGCUACUACAUGAUACUCGAAUUUGCCCUAUACCCAUCAUGAGGUUGCUACAACCUAGCCUAUGAAUUAAAGUUUACAACGUAGGUGCAGAGGUCGAGAGACAAAUUGGAGUAAUCAAGGUGACAGUGACACAUUCAAUACCGCCUUGCACACUCUCCUGCAUCUAGCUGAUCUAGGGUGUAAUCGCUAGUCCAAACGUUUUGCAACUAAACGAGAGUUUCUAUUCGACAAAUUCAGGUCUAUCCUAGGGAUGUUGGGGCCAUCACAUUUUGUCAGAUGGUGAUUGUCAAGCAAAUAACUUCCUGUCUCACAGUAAUUGACCGUUAUUUUAGCAUCUCCUGGUUUCCACACAUAGCCUGAUGCAGACAUUUGGAACAUCUACAUUUAAAAAAGUAAAAUAAAUCCAUGUCAUAUAGCCUACACCGACACAAUAAAUCCAUUCUUUAUUUUAGACGGGUCUAAAGAAACAUGAUAUGAAGAAAAUGUAGUCUAUUUCAGAAGAACAGAAUAGCAUACUCCUUAUGUUAGGCCCUGAUCUGGCUAUGCCAUGGCUGUGGGUUACACUAGUUUAGCAGAUAAGAUUUGCUUAGAAUUCCGUGGCAUUAUUUUAUAUUAUUUUAAUAGGAUGAAGAAUACAAUUGAAAAUAGAUAAAUAAAAUAGAAAGGAUAUUUUCUCCAAACGAUUUGAGGGAGUGCACACAUGCGGCUAUUCUGUGUUGAGCGGUUAGCAAAGAAACAGGUCCUCCUAUAUGCUUAAUUUAGAGUUACCCGGCGGCCGUAAUGCCCCCUAAAAAAAAUCCAUGCCUUUUGCGGCCAGUGGCCGUUGUGCCCUUGGGCUGAAUAUAAUAAUUAUAAUUCCUUUCUCCCGGCUGCAUGCUCCGAAGCACCUCUCACUCAUAUGGCUCUCUCAGAUACUGUCGCUCAAUUCUUAUUAGCCAAUGCCGUCACAUGAUCGGGUCUUUCUCACAGGCUACAAGUGAAGACCGACACAUCGGGGACGCAACUGCGCACUUCCUUAUCCAAUUCCUAGGCGCAUAUUAAAGAUAUUGGAAGAACUGUCCACAUUUACUUUUCGUCAGCCAACAAGAUGAGUAAGCCUAACAAACAGCAAAAGCACUAGCCUAUGUCAAUCUACUAUCCCCGUAGCACAAAAGUUGACCUUUUCUGUGCGAUAAAUAAAUAUUCCAAACAUAGUCUGGGACAGUUGUGGGAUGCGGUAGUUCCCAAAUUAAUACAACCACUAGCAUCAAAAAAACGUUUUUAAGCAACAAGGCUAACGCAACAGAUCAGAACGUUUAGCUUAAAAUGUUGAUAAACUAUUAGGUUAUUUCUUCACAUUAUAAGCGCAGCAAUGCGCACAUGGCAGUAGGCUAUAAGCGCGAAUGCUCCAAAAUACAAUUAAUUUGCGGGAAAACACCAUUCUCAAAAGUGACCGUAAAUGCAAUAAUGCAUUUAUUAUAAAUGUGCAUUUUUAUGUGGAAAAUUAUCUUCCCCAAUCUUGAAACUCACGCGCUGCGUGUGUAUGCCAGUUAGGCUCUACACCCAUUGUAAAGCGGAUUAAUGUGCUUUACUUUAAGAAGUUAUUUGGACACUUUAGUUGUGAUACAAACCUUAUCAAAACAUAUAUAUGGGCUAGGCUACAUGAGGUGUGCGACUAUGAUUUGAAAAAGUUGAGCUGUUUCUUUAAUAAUAAUAAUAAUAAUAUGCCACUUAGCAGACGCUAUUAUUCAAAGCGACUUACAGUCAUGCGUGCAUACAUUUUUGUGUAUGGGUGGUCCCGGGGAUCGAACCCACUACCCUGGCGUUACAAGCACUGUUCUCUACCAGCUGAGCUACAUAGGACCACACUUACUUACUACACACAAGCUGGGCAUCAUUCACAAGUGACAAUAUAUAAUUCUCAAGUGAUAGGCUAAUAUUGUCACCCAUCAGACUAUUCUUGAUUUAGUUUGUCUUUACAUAUACUAAAUAAUAUGUGUGAAAUUUGUUUUGAUUUAGAAUGGAUCAUUAGGGGCAGGGAGAAAAAAUACAUGUCGUCUAUGCACUUAAAUAGCGAAUGGAGGAUUAUUUUUCCUUGGUUCAUUUUCAUGCCAGCCAUGUGGGCUAUACUCCUGUUGUAAAGAGAAGCAAUGUCCUUAAUAUUAGGAAAGUUGAGAAAUAAAUAUAGAGGCCUAGCCUAUAGAAAGCUGAUGGGAUCUUCCUCUUUUUAAUAGAGGCCAUCACAAUUCUCACGCAAUUGCAUAGCCUAUAGAAAUGUUGCGCAACAUGAGCUCAUGGGCUGUCAUGAAGUGUUUGAUUCGAUUUUUUAUCACAUUUGCAUUGAUGUCAGAGUGAUUAGAGGGACAAUAGAGUGCUGAGUACCAGGCAGUUAGCAAGUUUGGUAGGCUACUAAUGACCAUCGGCAGCAUCAGAGCUUGAAGAAGCCUAAUUACUGUGACUAAACAGUCACGUGGAAUUUGACUGCCGUCAUGACUUGUGAACCACCGGUGUGGCGGUAAUACGGUCACCGUAACAGCCCUAGUCCAUCCACGUUUAGUUCCGUUUGCUUCUUUUAAGAAAUGUUUUGCAACAGAAUUGGCGGAAUGAAUACACCCCUGAUCACCCGCACACACAGUUCCCUUUCAUAGCAGCCAUACAAACAGCAUCAUCACAUCUACGUGCUCUCUUCCUCUCACAUUUUCCCUUCGCUUGUGGACUUCAGUGCACAACACAAAAGCGGUCUGUGACCAGGCAAAAAAAAACUCUCCAAGCCAAACCUUUAUACAAUAACCACUACACACAACCUACAUCAUUGUCACCAUAUCUGCUAACAUCAUAGUCAACAUACAGUGCUAUGAAAAAGUAUUUGCCCCCUUUCUAAUUUUCUCUACUUUUGCAUAUUUGUGAUACUGAAUGUUAUCAGAUCUUCAACCAAAACCUAAUAUUAGAUAAAGGGAACAUAAGUGAACAAAUAACACAACAAUUACAUAUUUAUUUCAUAAACAAAGUUAUGCAACACCCAAUUCCCCUGUGUGAAAAAGUAAUUGCCCCCAUACACUCAAUAACUGGUUGUGCCACCUUUAGCUGCAAUGACUCCAACCAAAUGCUUCCUGUAGUUGUUGAUCAGUCUCUCACAUCGCUGUGGAGGAAUUUUGGCCCACUCUUCCAUGCAGAACUGCUUUAACUCAGUGACGUGUGGGUUUUCAAGCAUGAACUGCUCGUUUCAAGUCCUGCCACAACAUCUCAAUUGGGAUUAGGUCUGGACUUUGACUAGGCCAUUCCAAAACGUCCAAUUUGUUGCCUUUUAGCAAUUUUCAUGUAGACUUGAUUGUGUGUUUUGGAUCAUUGUCUUGCUGCAUGACCCAGCUGCGCUUCAGCUUCAGCUCACAGACGGAUGGUCUGACAUUCUCCUGUAGAAUUCUCUGAUACAGAGCAAAAUUCAUGGUUCCUUCUAUUAAGGCAAGUCGUCCAGGUCCUGAGGCAGCAAAGCAUCCCCAAACCAUCACACCACCACCACCAUGCUUGACCUUUGGUUUGAUGUUCUUACUGUGGAAUGCAGAGUUUGGUUUUCGCCAGGCAUUACUGGAACCAUGUCGUCCAAAAGGUUAUACUUUUGAAUCAUCUGUCCAUAGAACGUUAUUCCAAGAGUCUUGAUGAUCAUCCAGGUGCCUUUUGGCAAACUUGAGUCAACUUUUUGGAUGAGAUGGGUCCCAUUAUGCCUGGCGAAAACCAAACACUGCAUUCCACAGUAAGUCAAGCAUGGUGGUGGUGGUGUGAUGGUUUGGGGAUGCUUUGCUGUCAACUUUAAGUCAACUUUGGAAAUGGCAGGGCGAUUUCUGCAUAGUGCAUCUUUUAAUGUUUCACUAUUUUUUUUAGUUUUAUGAAAUUCACUGAGUAGGAUGGUCCUCCUCUGAGGAGCCUCCACUGAAGUUAUUGUAGUGGUGAAGGUACCUUCUGUGCCCCCUGGUCAAGGUUUGAGCUGCUUGAAUAACCUUGUAAAACAUCCUAGAUAAGAGUGGUUGUCUACCAGUUGAUAUUUGACCCAGUUAUGAAGUAUGGUGUUAACUGGAUACUUGCAGAGAGAUUUUGUAUUGUGAUGAAAUAUACAUUUCUCUCUUUGUAGGGAGUGGUUCUUCCUGCUCUCUCAUGAGGUGCUGAACCCCAUGUAUUGCCUGUUUGAGUAUGCUGGGAAGGACAACUACUGCCUGCAGAUCAAUCCUGCCUCCUACAUCAACCCUGACCACCUCAAGUACUUCAAAUUCAUCGGACGCUUCAUCGCCAUGGUGACUGUUCUUAGUCACUACGUUUUUCAACUGCAAUGUGACAUUUAUGAAUGCAAACAUCUGCUGAUGCAGUUGUUCUGCAUUUUUUUUACAUUAACCUCCUGAUCUCUUUUCCCAGGCUCUUUUCCACGGGAAGUUCAUUGACACAGGCUUUUCACUGCCGUUCUACAAGCGCAUGCUGAACAAGCCAUGGGCACUAAAAGAUCUAGAGUCCAUUGACCCAGAAUUCUACAAUUCUCUCAUCUGGAUUAAGUGAGUCUUCUGAGGAAGCUGUACUGAAAUUAACUUUGGUUGUAAUGGAUAUACAUGUUUGUUUAAUGUUUUGGUGGCUGUGAUGAACACACAUUUAACUUCAUGGCCCCAUUUUUCUUGAUGACAGUUGUUUUCCAUUUUGGGUCACUGAUACAUGUCUUUGUCAUCUGUUGUACACUUCAGGGAGAACGACAUCGAGGAGUGUGGCCUGGAGAUGUACUUCUCUGUGGACAAAGAGAUUCUGGGUGAAAUCACCACUCAUGAGCUUAAGCCGGAUGGAGGAGAGGUCCUGGUCACUGAGGAGAACAAGGAGGAGUAUAUCAGGUCUGUCUUAGCUAAUGGCCUCCCCCCCCCCCCCCCCCCCCCUUCUCUUAGUACCUCUGACUCCUUUUCACUACUGUCCUGAUGUGUGGUGCCUUGAUGGUCUGUGUUUCUCCCCCCAGGCUUGUAGCAGAGUGGAGGUUGUCCAGAGGUGUGGAGGAGCAGACCCAGGCCUUCUUUGAGGGCUUCAACGAGGUCCUCCCACAGCAGUACCUGCAGUACUUUGACGCCAAAGAACUUGAGGUACGAGUCUUCGUUUGGGCUACUUAUUUAUACCAGGUUCCCCAUAUUCACUCUGGUAAAGAUGAGAGUUGUUGUUCCAACUCUCAUGUACCAGUGAGCCAAUUGUUACUUGUCCACUUCCUGCAGGUGAUGCUGUGUGGGAUGCAGGAGAUCGACCUGGCAGACUGGCAGAGGAACACCAUCUACAGACACUAUGCACGCAGCAGCAAGCAGGUCCUCUGGUUCUGGCAGGUCAGUGUUACCCAUCUCUCCUCACCAGUACUACAAUCAGGUGCCACAUCUCCUCAGUAUCAUUACAUUCAGAUCACGCACCAAAGAACAAGUAUGAACAUACUGUACCCUCCUGGACUUCCCUUCCAGCUCAUCAAAGAGAUGGACAACGAGAAGCGGAUGAGGCUCCUCCAGUUCGUCACAGGCACCUGCCGCCUUCCUGUCGGAGGCUUUGCUGACCUAUUGGGUAAGGAAUACAACCGACAGGGGUGAAAUAUAAUGAAAUAUAACAUUAUGCCAUUUUUACCUGUAAGUAGAUGGGUUAGUGACUUACAUAUUUGGUUUUGUAGGGAGCAAUGGCCCACAGAAGUUCUGCAUCGAGAAGGUGGGAAAGGAGAACUGGCUACCCAGAAGUCACACCUGGUGAGUACUGUAUGGAUGAGUCAAGGUUAAAACAGAGUAAAGGCUUCACUCGACAGAUAACUAACCUGCCUCUAUUUCCCCCUUCUCUAGCUUCAAUCGAUUGGAUCUGCCUCCUUACAAAAGCUACGAGCAGCUGAAGGAGAAAUUGAUGUUUGCGAUUGAAGAGACGGAGGGCUUUGGGCAGGAG